GGGAUGGUGAAGGAUCUUGUUAUCAAAUGUAGGGGCCUACCCUAUUCUUGUGAUGAAAGUAGUCUCCGGAAGUUUUUGGGUGACAGUGGGAUCAGCAAAGUGAACAUAAUUAUGCGCGACGGUAAAGCUGCUGGGGACGCCUUUGUGCAUUACAGUAAUGAGGAUGACUACAAGAGAGCAUUGAAAAAGGAUAGAGAACACAUGGGGCAUCGUUACAUCGAGGUGAUGCCUGCAGAUCAAGAUAGCUCAGGCAGUGGUCGUGGAGGCUCUGGUCGUGAUCGUGAGAGAAGCAAUUUCCGCGAUCGCCGUGAACGCGAUUACGGUGAUUAUGGUCGUGGUACAUCUCGAAUGAACAUGAUGAUGCCUGCUCCGUAUGGUGAAGGAGUUGUCCGACUGCGUGGGCUUCCCUACGGAGCACGUGAAAGGGAUAUCUAUGACUUCUUUGCGCCACUGAAUAUUGUACCGGCCUUCUUGUACGAUUCCGUGUGA